AUGACCGGCGCUCCACCCUAUAAUGCCCAGUCGCCGACGCAGCAGCAUCGCUACCCCGUCUACGAUUCCCCGACCAAGAAUCGUCCCUUCUAUCCGAAUGGAGAGCAACCCCCGCCUCAGCAGCAGCAAUAUUCGCAACAUCCACCCCAGACACCACCGACAUUUGCUCCAUCAUCCGUUACACGGAGCCCUCGCUUCUCGCACGCGUCGUCACCUAUGCCCGCUACUCUGCCAGCACCCUUGAAUGGGGCAGGACCCCCGUCUCAUCCCGAAUCGGCAUCGCAAUAUCAGACCCAUGGCCCGGGUGGUGCCUCGCAACUCCCCCUGCCUCGUCCCUUUUCGAGCUCCGUGCUUCCGGGAAACGGCACUUCGCCUUAUGGUCCCUCGACACCGCACGGUCACCCUGCUGGUCUUCAAGAUGCCCACUCGCAGUCUCCUACCCGUGAGCCAGAAUCGCCAUACCGGGCAAGGGGCAAUGCGUCAGUUUAUGAACCACCUGUGAUGCGAGAGCCCCUCCCAUCCGCUCAACGGGAGUCGAAACCUGCCCGCGCUGCCGAUCCUAUGUCCUUUGCCAGUAUCUUAUCGGGACCUACAGAAGACAAACCCGCUCGCAAACCAUCUCCUCCGCCCUCCCAACCUUCCACUUCUGCAAUCAACUCGCAUCCCAUCUUCGAUCAACGCCAUCCUGAUACUGGACCCGUUGCGGGAACUUUCUACCACAAAGGAAAAGAAAAUCACCACUCAGAGAGCUUCAAAGAAUCGCACGCCUCAAACGGCCUCAAGACAGAAACCGAACCAGUCAUGAUUACCCAUGUGCCUCAGAAAAAGCUCUUCCCUCCAGGGGUUGAUGCCGAUCAGGUGAACCGAGCUCUUCUCGAUAUCGAAAAUGCCGACAAGAGUGAUGUAGAAGGACCUGGCUUUGAGGCGGAGUUCGAGCAAUACAAGGAGAAGUCCAUCAAGCGAGCCCAGGACGACGAUAAUCAAGAAAGCCGCCGACGCAAGCGCCGACGUCACGAGUUCCUGAAUGAAAUGAGCAAGUCACUUGAGAAGAACUACAUCCUGGGUACCGACCGCUUCCGCGCCAUUCACGAAGAGGAGGUCGUCACAGAAGUCCACCAGAAGGAAGUUCACGACGAGAAGGAACGGAAGAAGGAUAUGCAGCGAAAGCGUCGUCGAGAAAACACUGUGCGUCAGGAGAUGCAGAAAAAGCUUGAAGCUGAACGCAAGGCAGACAACACACAGGAUUCGGCGGAGAAGGCCAAGUUCCUUCGUGAGGCCGAGCGGGCUCAGAAGAAGAUCCGCUCCACCAAGCGUGCCCUUGAGGGUGGCAGUGCUCAGGAUGAACUCGGUGAGGUUACUCCGCUUGCACCGAACCUUGAAGGCGGCACUACCAGCUCGUUCCAUAUUGGUCGCUCAUCUCCCUCGCGGCGUCGAUCCGGGCGCGCAGGCCCCUCCAGCCGCCCGAAGAAAUCCAAGGAGCAGAAACAGGCUGAGAAGGACGCAGCUGAGAAAGCUCACCUUGCCGGCCUGGAUGAUGAAUAUUACACGCCUCGCGAUCUUCAAAGAGGUCUCAAUUCCAAGGAGGGCACACCCAGUCUUCCAUUGCAGUAUGACAGCAAGGGCUACAACCAGAUAUACGAGCAAAUUUGGCGGGACAUUGCUCGUAAAGACAUUCCCAAGGUUUAUCGCAUCAAGACUGUAUCGUUGUCUACCCGCCAAGAGAAUCUGCGUAAGACAGCUCAGCUGGCUAGCAAGCAGUCCCGCAAGUGGCAAGAACGCACCAACAAGAGCACCAAGGAUACACAGGCUCGCGCCAAGCGCACUAUGCGUGAGAUGAUGUCCUUCUGGAAACGCAACGAGCGUGAAGAGCGCGAUCUCCGCCGUCUGGCAGAGAAGCAAGAGCUCGAGUCCGCCAAGAAGGCCGAGGCCGAGCGUGAAGCUAACCGUCAGAAGCGCAAGCUCAACUUCCUGAUUUCGCAGACCGAGCUCUACUCUCACUUUAUCGGGCGGAAGAUCAAGACUGCGGAGGCCGAAGCUUCCGGAGAUGGUACGGUUGCUGGUACGGAUGAGACUGUGAAGCCUGGCAAGGCUGAUGCUCACACUAUUGAUCUCCCUGGCAGCGUGGCUAAUACGAACGCGAAAGUUACCAACUUCGAGGACCUGGACUUUGAUGCUGAAGACGAGUCUGUCUUGCAACAGGCUGCUAUGGCCAAUGCCCAGAACGCUGUGCAGCAGGCUCAGGAUCGUGCCCGUGCCUUCAACCAGGAGCAGAAUGGCGACCAGAUGGCUGCCUUCGAUGAAGGAGAGAUGAACUUCCAGAACCCUACGAGUUUGGGUGAUAUUGAAAUCUCGCAGCCUACUCUGUUGACUGCUCAACUCAAGGAAUACCAACUUAAGGGUCUCAACUGGUUGGUCAACUUGUACGAGCAAGGUAUCAACGGUAUCCUGGCAGACGAGAUGGGUCUUGGAAAGACCAUUCAGUCUAUCUCUGUUAUGGCUUAUCUGGCAGAAUUUCACAAUAUCUGGGGUCCAUUCCUUGUUAUUGCCCCUGCAUCCACCCUCCACAACUGGCAGCAAGAAAUUGCCAGGUUCGUGCCUGAUUUGAAGGUGCUGCCUUACUGGGGUAAUGCAAAGGACCGCAAAGUCCUUCGCAAGUUCUGGGAUCGCAAGCACAUCACCUACACCCGCGACUCGGAAUUUCACGUUCUUGUUACAUCUUAUCAGUUGGUCGUUCUUGACGCCCAAUAUUUCCAGAAGGUCAAGUGGCAGUACAUGAUCCUGGAUGAGGCUCAAGCGAUCAAGUCUUCCCAGAGUUCUCGUUGGAAGAAUCUGUUAGGCUUCAGCUGUCGAAACCGUCUCUUGCUGACUGGUACCCCCAUUCAAAAUAACAUGCAAGAGCUGUGGGCUUUGCUGCAUUUCAUCAUGCCCACGCUGUUCGAUUCUCACGAUGAGUUCAGCGAGUGGUUUUCGAAGGAUAUUGAAUCACAUGCGCAGAGUAAUACGAAGCUCAAUGAAGAUCAGCUGCGACGUUUGCACAUGAUUCUGAAGCCCUUCAUGCUUCGCCGUGUGAAGAAGAACGUGCAGCAAGAACUUGGAGAUAAGAUAGAGAAGGACCUCUUCUGUGAUCUGACUUACCGCCAACGUGCACUGUACUCUAAUCUCCGCAAUCGUGUCAGCAUUAUCGAUCUCAUUGAGAAGGCAACCACCGGAGAUGACUCCGAUGGCACUACGUUGAUGAACCUGGUUAUGCAGUUCCGUAAAGUCUGCAACCACCCUGACUUGUUUGAACGUGCCGAUACGAAGUCCCCCUUCUCUGCGGCUGCUUUUGCAGAGUGUGCCUCCUUUGUUCGCGAGGGAUCGUUUGUGGAUGUCCGUUAUUCUACCCGAAACCACAUUGAGUAUGCGUUGCCGCGCUUAUUGAUGAGUUCCGAGGGCCGUGUUGACAUGCCCGGUCCUGGAAACCCUCGUGCUGGAUUCGAAAACAAGUACCUUUCACACUUGAUGAAUGUCUGGACUCCAGAGAACAUUCAGAAGAGCUCGCGCGAGGAUGGCGCAUUCUCUUUCCUGCGCUUUGUGGAUACUUGUGCUGGAGAAGCCAGUGAACUGGCUCAACUAGGCGUUUAUGAACGCGCAGUUCGCAUUCGUGGCCAGUCUAACCGACUUUCUUGUCUCAAUGUGGUGUAUGAUGAUGAGGAAAAUUCCCCGUCCAACUCUGUUUUAUCACACUCCAUGCUCAAUGUGGUCAGCCGCAAUGAUCGUCAAGCUGUUCAUAAGGUCUUAUUCGAAGGCCGCAUGCGUGAACUGAUGAAUGUUUCUCGCACUGCUUUCGAAGACCAGGGACUCCAUCUGAUUGAGCCUUGUGCCACUCCAGCAGCCUCAGCACCACCAAUCACUCUUUCUUGUUCUGGCCAAGAGGCCCGAUUAGAGACCGAAAAGACUUUGUUCAAUAAGUCCAUUCGACAGGCUCUGUACAACAUUUCAACCAAGCAAGUUGAUGAACAGCUCCUUACAAAGCAGGUUGAUCCCAAUUCUUACGCCCUCUCUCCAACCCUGCCGCAGCCAACUUCCCUGAAGUCGCGCUAUACCCAUAUCGAGGUUCCAUCGAUGCGUCGCUUCGUUACAGACUCCGGAAAGCUGGCGAAAUUGGACUCAUUGCUUCGAGAGCUCAAGGCGGGCGAUCAUCGCGUGCUGCUGUACUUCCAGAUGACUCGUAUGAUCGACUUGAUGGAAGAAUACUUGACCUACCGAAACUACAAAUACUGUCGACUUGAUGGAAGCACGAAGCUGGAGGAUCGUCGUGAUACGGUCGCGGACUUCCAAUCGAACCCCGAAAUCUUUGUGUUCUUGCUGUCUACUCGUGCUGGUGGUCUGGGUAUCAACUUGACUGCUGCCGAUACUGUCAUUUUCUACGACUCCGAUUGGAACCCGACUAUCGAUUCGCAAGCCAUGGAUCGUGCGCAUCGUCUGGGUCAAACCCGCCAGGUCACAGUCUACCGACUUAUCACCCGCGGUACUAUCGAAGAACGAAUCCGUAAACGUGCACUACAAAAGGAAGAGGUGCAACGUGUUGUCAUCACUGGUGGUGCUUCCGGUGGUGUUGACUUCAACACCCGCGCUCGCGAUAACCGCACCAAAGACAUCGCCAUGUGGCUUGCCGAUGACGAUGAAGCCGAGCUCAUUGAACAAAAGGAGAAGGAAUUACUUGAGCGCGGUGAAACGGCGGCGGCACCUAAAGGUGGAAAGAAGGCUGCUGCCAAGCGGAAGCGCGAUCUCACACUUGAUGACAUGUAUCAUGAAGGUGAAGGAAACUUCGACGAUAACAGUGCUAAGCCAUCUGGAGCCGCUACUCCCAUGUCCGAUCAAGUCGAAAAUUCCUCGUCAGCCCCAGCCGCCAAACGCGGUCGUGGUCGUGGGCCUGGCAAGGGCACAUCUAAACGUGCCAAAACCACGAACGAGCGCCUCCGUCUAAUUGAUGGAGAUGGUGGCCUCAGCUAA